CCGCCAUGGCCGGCCCGGCCGAGCGGAGCCGCUGGGAACGGGAGCAGGCCCGCCUGAAGGCCGGCGUGGUGGAGCAGGACACCGAGAAGUGGCAGAAGGACCCGAGUUUCGCCGGGCUGGAGAGAGUGGGGGGUGUGGAUUUAUCCUACGUCAAAGGAGACGACACCAGAGCCUGCGCGUCCCUGGUCGUGCUCAGCUACCCAGCCCUCGAGGUGCUGUACGAGGAUUGCCGGAUGGUGACCGUCACUGCUCCCUACGUGGCCGGAUUCCUGGCCUUCCGAGAGGUCCCUUUCCUGGUGGAAGCUGUUCAGAGACUUCAGCAGGAGCAGCCCAGGCUCAGACCUCAGGUGCUUCUGGUAGAUGGGAAUGGGCUGCUCCAUCACAGAGGAUUUGGUGUGGCCUGUCACCUCGGAGUCCUGACGGAUCUGCCGUGCAUUGGAGUGGCCAAGAACCUCCUGCAGGUGGAUGGCUUGGUCAGGGACGAGCUGCACAGGGAGCAGAUCCGUUCCCUGCAGAGGUCAGGAGAUACGUUCCCACUGACAGGCUCUUCAGGGAGAGUCCUGGGCAUGGGAGCCUGUUGGGUGCUUGAUGUCUCGUUUCUGCAUGCCCAGGCGCUGCGGAGCUACAGCAACAGCUGUAAGCCCCUGUACGUCUCGGUGGGGCACAGGGUGAGCCUGGACACGGCCGUGCGCCUCGUGGGGUCCUGCUGCAGGUACCGCAUCCCGGAGCCCAUCCGCCAGGCUGACAUCAGAUCGAGGGAGUACAUUCGGAAGCAGCUGUGCGCACCCCUGGGGGUCAGACCUGCCAGCCCAGAGAGCAGCAAGAAGGAGGCUGAACUGGAGGAUCAGUCUGAUGCCUGAAGAACCUGCAUGGCUCCUCUUCACUCGAUCCUCUCCCUCAAGGCUGAAUUCUGUUGAGUGCAGGAGCCUGGUGCCGUCCUGGGGGGCAGAGCCGUGCCAGGCUGUGUCCCUCGGGACAGUGCCAGCCCCUGUGCAUGUCCUGGCAGAGUGGCAGAGCAGCUGCUGCUCAAGGAUAAUCCUUGCAGUGGUUUCUCAGGGUUU